CCACCGAUCUCAGCGCCGCACCCACGCCCAGCCUCGAUGCGCUAGCCGAGCUCCCGCCCGCUGCCGAGACGAGCGCGGCGCUCAAUGCGCCUCCGCCCGCUCGCACCACAACCGCGGCUGAUGGCGACCGAAAGCCGCCCCCACCGCCGCUGCACAUCGAUCCGCAGCUCGCGCUCGAGCUGCGGCUUAGGUGGCUCGAGGCGCUCAUUGUCGGUGUGCCGGGUGCGUUUCAGAGUGCGGAGCGCAAGGUGCGGGCGCGGCCGCCUGCGACGAAGGCGCGCGCGGGGACGGUCGAUGCGGGAGGGGGAGCAAGAAGAAGAGCGGGUGGAGUGGGGCUGGGGCUGGGAGGGCCUGAGGACCUGCUCCCGCCGGGCGACACGCUGAUGCGCCGGGCGUCGGACGUGCAGCGUAAGCUGGGUACGCUGGCGGACGUGCAUGAUGGGCUGAGGAAGUUUAUUGCUCAGUACGACGCACACGCCGAACUGCUCACGCCCGCCUUCGCGCUCUCGGGCACACUCCCGUCGGCCGCAGCAGCCGGGUACGAGAGCAUGGCGCCCGAGGAGCUCGACGCGUUCCUCGCCGACAUGGAGCCCGACGUGCGCGCCGCGGACCGCGACAUGCGCGAGAUCGAGGCGCUCGAGGCCAAGGGCGUCACCGGCGCCGGCAAGCUCGCGGACUAUAAAGCGCUCGAGCCGCGGCUGGAGGCGCUGAUCACGGCGCACGAGGAGGACGUCGAGCUCGCGGCGUCGCUCGAGCAGCGUAUUGCCGCGCUCGUCGAUCGGCAUUCGACCCAUGUCGACGCGUUAUCGGAGCUCUUCGUCGCCUGGGACGACCUCUUGACUGACACGGAAGACAAGGUGACCCGGCUCGAGCGAAAUCGGCAGGAACGCCAACGGCUAGGCUACGAGUAGAAAUCCACCCUGCCUUUUUCUCUUCCAGCUUCCUCAUCGCAUCGCAUAGCACCCGCCUGUAAUUUAUCCGUAUGUACUCGCACAUCCCCCCAUCUGCCUACCCACACCCGCCUCAUGCAUCACCAUAUAUACAUACCCUCAGUUAACCAUCCAAUAAAAUCAUUCACACCCCACGCCCACUCCAAGCAACCAAA